AUUUCGUUCGUUCGUUUCAGGACUUCAGGUACUGGUUGCCGAUGGUGCGGUAUUUCUUACCUAUUUUGUAUUCUGUUCGAAGUUAUGUUUAAGUAGAUUUCAUUAACUAAAUAAAAACUUUUGGUUUGAAUUAAAUGAUAAUAUGGCUGCAGAAUUUCUCAAAGGUCUUUUGCUAUCGUUAUUGUCACCAGAAUGUUACGAAGAGUAUUUCACGAAGUACAACUUUCUCGACGUACCAUGCUUCAAAACAACACUAAGCAAAGGCCUUGGUAUCGGCAUUAUAGCUGGGUCUAUAUUGGUGAAAGUACCUCAAAUCUUGAAGAUCCUCAACAGCAAAAGUGCAGAAGGCAUUAAUUUUUAUGGUGUUUGCCUGGAAUUAUUUGGAAUAACUGCAAACUUUGCAUAUAGCUAUGUCAUGGGCUUUCCAUUUAGUGCAUGGGGUGAAGGAACAUUCCUAGCAAUUCAGACUGCUAUAAUUGCUGCACUAGUCUUGCACUAUGGAGGCUCUUCAGGGCUGGCCACAGUGUUUCUAGGAGUGUACACCGGAGCUGUAUCUUCAUUGAUAAGUGGUUACACACCUACUGAUGUUCUUUGGUCCAUGCAGGCUGCCACUGUACCCAUCAUUUUGAUAGCUAAGACAAUCCAAGUAGUGACAAACUACAAAAACGGCAGUACUGGCCAACUAUCUGCCAUAACUUGCUUACUGCUCUUUGGUGGCAGUAUUGCCAGGAUAUUCACCUCUAUUCAAGAGACUGGGGACUUCAUAAUCAUUCUCACAUACUGCGUUUCAACUGCAGCCAAUGGCGCGCUAGUCUUGCAACUGUUCUGGUAUUGGAAUGUGGACAAGACCAGCAAGAAUAAGAGUAAGAAAAAGAAGAAGCGUACAUAAGUAUAAGAAGACAGUUUUAGAGCAAUUACUAAGAUCAAUUAAUUUACAAUUGUAUUGAUUUGCAUAAUAAUAUAUUCUUUUUUACAA